AUGACAGGUGAUAAAUCCUUCUUCAAAAGUCUUAAAGAAAAGGAAGAUGGAUAUGUCAUGCUUAGAAAUGGUAGUCAUUCUCAAAUUCUUGGAAAAGGAACGAUUGAAAUUCCGGGGCUACCAUUGUUGACCGAUGUGUUGUACAUAAAGGGACUUAAAGCAGACUUGUUGAGCACUACUCAAAUUUGUGAUGAGGAUUUUCUGCUUCAAUUCUCAAAGAAAAGGUGUGUCAUCCCUAGUGAAGAUGGUGUUCAAGUGUUGAAGAGACUUAGAACUACCGACAAUUGCUAUGGGGUGGUUCCCAAAUCAAAUGUGUCAUGCCGAAGUGCUCAAGUCAACUUGUUAGAGCUAUGGCAUCAACGAUUUGGUCAUGCCAACUACAAGCCAGUGGCAAAAGUCUCCAAGCUUGAAGCGGUGGUUGGCUUACCAAAAGAGACACCCAAGGUGCAAUCAGGCUUGUUCUUCGCGGUUUGGAGCGUGUGGAGAGGGAGAAAGCACUUGUUUGCAUCAUCGAACCUGGGCAAGGAAUCGUGUUAUGUUGAGAUGUCUUCAUCAAGUGGUAAUUUCUCGGGUUCAUGUGGACAUAUGUGCAAUGAGCAGACUUGUGUUUUGAGAACAAGUUUGAGUUUGCACAAUUUUGGGAGGAGGUUCUUGGGUUGUAGCCGUUAUAAGGUUGGUCCUAAGUGUCCUUUCUUUGUUUGGAUUGAUAACCCAACCUGUCCUCGUGGGAAUGAAGCUGCACCUUUGGCUCUAGAGAAGAUGUCUAGGCUUCAGACUGCUCUCCAACUUGCAAAUGAGAGGGAAAGGACAGCUCUGGAAACGGCAGAAGAAGCUAGGCAAAUGGCAGAAAAGGCUCUUGAAGAGGAAGCCAAAGCCAAGGAGAGGGAGAGAAAGGCUCGAGCUGUCUGUGCAAAAGCUAAGGAAAAAGCCAUUCUUGCUGAAGAGAAGCAAAGAAUGUGGAAGUCUGCAUGCAUUUUGUCAUGGAUCUUUUUUGUUAUUGUUAUGUUGUUGUGUUUUGGCUCAAUUGAGUUCUCUGGAGUGAAGAGACCUAGAUUGUUGCCCCUGAAGUAGUUAAUUGGUUAGUAGAGAUAGUUAUGGCAAUGGUGUUAAUGAAUUUGCAUUGUA